CGGUGCUGUGUCAACAAAUGGGCGGCAGGCAACACGACUCGGGAGAAAAGAGCACGUACCAGUUCCCCCUUCGCUGUCCUGGUCGUUGUGGUCGAACGCACAGCAACAGUGGUAGUAGACACGAGACACACCGCGCCAGUGAGGUGGUGGUUGUUGGGGGUAAAGUCAGCAAGCAACCCGUGUACUUUUUGCCACUAUUUUGCCGAGCGUGUCUAUGGGACCACGGGUUUUCGUGCGCGCACACAGGCCACGAUUUAUUGACCUGUAGGUUCACAUUCCACGGGCGACCCGAACAAGAACUGCUUCGUGCACCUUAUGGCAACCAGUGUAAUGUUGUUCCUCGGUAUACAGUAUACGAUGACACCAUAAUCUAUUAACUCUUCAAGAACUGAACAACUAAAUCCCUUCUCUGUUGGAGGUGUGGCCCUGUUCUUCUGAUUGUACAACUUCUCUACAACUACAUUUUCUGUGGUAGAGACACAGCGUCCGUUACAACUAACAGGCAAAGAAGGAAAUGAUGAGGAAAGAGUUCAUACACACCACAUUUUGGGACAUCAGCAAAAACAACAACAACAACAACAACAACAACAACAACAACAACAACAACAACAGAAGCUGCAGCAGUAUCUAUAUGAACCAGGAAUACAUGAUUUGACCGAAAGUUUCAGCAAACUUGAUGGGAGGAGGCGGAGGACGCAGAAAGGAAAUCAACGCAAUCACGUUUAUCUUCUGGCUAUUUUAGUAGAAGGGUCACGGUAGACUUGUGUCGAAACUGACAAAAGCAGGCAACCUGUCCAUGGUUUAUUAUCUAACAAGACUUACGAUUUGUUGGUUCAAGUGGCCUGCAACUUAAAGAACAUCAGCCGCACUUGGAUUUUCGGUGACGAAUUUGCUUCUUCCUUGUGAGAAAAGCGAACAACUAGAACAGAAAAAAGAGAUGGGAGAUUUAAAAGGACACGCCCUUCCGGGUUCGUUAUUCCUCUUUUUCGGAUUCUGGUGGGCAUUCCAAGGUUUGCGCCGCUACUUCAUGAGUCGCAAAGACGGUCUGCAGUAUAGAGCCACGGCCGCCUUUAAUGUGACGUGUGUUUGUUGUAAGAACCCAAGGUAUAAGAAUUGGCCAGUAGAGGGUUUUUUCAAAAUUGCCUUAUCAUCUUUUGGACUCUUGCUGGAACUCUUUGCCCAUCUACCAGUGCCUCCCAUGCCAAUAGGUUCCGGGAAUCUCCGCUGCUGACGUUGUGCCGCGGCUACCUGGUCAUGUUACAGGGCAGCUGGUUCUGGGCGGUGGGGAUCAUUCUCUACGGCCACGGAGGCGAGCAUCUCAACACAGCAUGGGAGAUGGACAAACCGGAGGAGGUCAUGAUAUCCACCAUCUACUUCACUUGGCAUUGUGCUGCCCUCUUCAUCCUCCUGUUCCUCCUGGCUGUCUUCAUGAGUUGCUGUUACGUCGGUUUCAGACGAUCUAGAGCUACAUCAUCGAAACCUUUAAGAGAUGGCGCUUUGAAAGACACAGAGUUCCAAAAACUGCAGAAGUUGCUGGACGAGUUUAGUGAUGAUGCUGAUGAUGGUAUUGGCGAAGACGAUAUGUAGAUGUACA